AUGAUAAAAGACUUGUGCCUUGGAAUGCCGAGAAUAGCCAUAUUCGAGACCUGUAAAGCGGAACUUGCAAAUGCUACUCUACUGGCACACCCGAUCGAGGGAGCAACAUUAUUUCUCUCCACUGACGCAUCGGACACUGCCAUAGGAGCUUCACUAGAACAGACAGCGAUUAGACAAAGCGUCAACUCGACAAGCUCGACAGCUAGAUCUGAUUGCUCAAUUCACUACAAAUAUUAUACAUAUUGCUGGACAGGCUCAACCACACCACUUUACUGCGACAUCUCAAAAGGCGCUAUACAAUCUUACGUCCCAGAAACUCUAAGAAAACGAAUCUUCGACGCCGUGCAUGGAAUAGCAUACCCCAGAGUCACCAAACAUCAAAUUGGACAAAAAUUCGUUUGGCCGAAAUCAACAGAGACAUUAUUCAUUGACCACGUACCUGCCUUCAGUGCCAGCGUAACAAAAUCCAAUGGCACACCAAAAACAUUCCGCAAAAGAUUCCAACACCGGACCAACGAUUCUACCAAGUUCACUUUGAUCUCAUCAGCUCUCUCCCAGAGAUGGCUAGAAGCCAUUCCACUCCCCAACAUGGCUGCGCAAACAGUUGCUGCAGCAUUCAUUGACGGUUGGGCACGCUUCGGCACAUCUGCCGUUAUCACCACUGAUCAAGGCAAACUAUUCAAAGCCAGUCUUUUCCAGGCACUCUCGAAAUUUCUGGGCAGCAAGAAGACCAGAACGUCUCCUUAUCAUCCAGCGUCAAACGGCUUGAUUGAGAAAUGGCACCGCACUCUUAAAACUGCGAUAACCUGCCACGAAGACGGAAGACAAUGGCUAGACCUAUUGCCUACAGUACUGCUAGGCCUGCGCACAUGUCUGAAAGAAGAUCUGAAAUGCUCUCCAGCUGAGUUAGUCUACGGCGCACUGCUGAGAGUACCCAGAGAAUUUCUAGAAAACCUAGAUCCGACAGAAAACACGGAAACCUUCGUUAUGGCACUUCGUAAACCCAUACUAUAA